CUGGGCAGGAAGGGGAGGGGGAGCGAGCGCGAGAAAUGCAGAGGCUGCAGCAGCGGCGGCGGCGGCGGCAGUAGCGGCAGCGGCGACGGCGGCGGCGGCAGCGCUCCAACUGGCUCCUCGCUCCCGACUCCGCCGUCUAGCCGGGAGAGAGCCUCCGCCAGCGGCCAGGCACCGGGCCGGACGACGCCAGCGACCCGGGCCCCUCGGCGGCACCGCGCUCACCCAAGGGGCGGCACAGGCACCCAGAGCCGAACUCCAAGAUGGGAGGCAAGCUGAGCAAGAAGAAGAAGGGCUACAAUGUGAACGACGAGAAGGCCAAGGACAAAGACAAGAAGGCUGAAGGCGCGGGGACCGAAGAGGAGGGGACCCCCAAGGAGGGAGAGCCCCAGGCGGCCGCCGAGCCCGCCGAGGCCAAGGAGGGCAAGGAGAAGGCGGAGCAGGGCGCCCAGGACGGCGAGCGCAAGGCCGAAGAGCAGGAGGGCGCCAAGGACGCGGCCGCCGCCCCGGAGGAGGCCCCGAAGGCGGAGCCCGAGAAGGCGGAGGGCGCGGCCGAGGCCAAGGCCGAGCCGAAGGCGGCCGAGUCGGAGCCCGCGGCCUCCGGCCCCGCUGCCGGCGGCGAGGCCCCCAGAGCCGCCGCCGAGGCCGCCGCGGGCCCGGCCGAGAGCGCGGCGCCCGCCGCCGGGGACGGCGCGGGCAAGGAGGAAGGGGACCCCAAAAAGACUGAGGCUCCCGCAGCCCCUGGCGCCCAGGAGACGAAAAGUGACGGGGCCCCGGCUUCAGACUCAAAAUGUAGCAGCACGGAGGCCGCCGCCUCCACCAAGGAGACCCCCGCAGCCACGGAAGCACCUAGUUCUACAACCAAGGCCCAGGCCCCUGCAGCCCCCGCAGAAGAGCCGAAGGCUGGCGAGGCCCCGGCAGCUAAUUCUGAUCAAUCCGUAGCAGUGAAAGAGUGACAAGGACAGCCUAUGGGAAAAAUAAUACCACUUAAAACAAAACAAAAAAAGAUUUCUCUCUCUCUCUUUCUCUUCUCUCUCUGUCCUCUCUCCUCUCUCUCUGUCCUAUACUAACUUGUUUCAAAUUGGAAGUAAUGAUACGUAUUGCCCAAGGAAAAAAAAGGAUGUGUCCCAUCAAGGGAGGGAGGGGGUGGGGAGAAUCCAAAUAGUAUUUUUGUGGGGAAAUAUCUAAUAUACCUUCAGUCAACUUUACCAAGAAGUCCUGGAUUUUAAAGAUCAGUGUCUGAAAGUGCAGUACAUCGUUUGUACCUGAACUGACUGCUGUUUCACGCGCUCCACCGCUAAGACCGAAUAGCUUUUCUUCUUUGACCAGGGCAGUUGGGAGUGAUGCGUUUGAUUCUGCCCACAGGGCCUGUGCCAAGGCAAUCAGAUCUUUAUGAAAGCAGUAUUUUCUGUGUUUUCUUUUUAAUUUACAGCCUUUCUUAUUUUGAUAUUUUUUUAAUGUUGUGGAUGAAUGCCAACUUUCAGACAGAGCCCACUUAGCUUGUCCACAUGUAUCCCGAUGCCAAUCCUCCAUUCUUCCUCUCCAGAUAUUUUUGGGAGUAACAAACAUUCUCUCAUCCUACUUAGCCUACCUAGAUUUCUCAUGACGAGUUAAUGCAUGUCCGUGGUUGGGUGCACCUGUAGUUCUGUUUAUUGGUCAGUGGAAAUGAAAAAAAAAAAAAAAAAAAAAGUCUGCGUUCAUCGCAGCUCCAGUUUCUCUUCCAUUCUGUGUCACAGACACCAACACACCACUCAUUGGAAAAUGGAAAAAAUAAAAAUAAAUAAAAAAACAAAAAAAUGUACAAUGGAUGCAUUGAAAUUAUAUGUAAUUGUAUAAAUGGUGCAACAGUAAUAAAGUUAAACAAUUAAAAAGAA